GAAGGGGGGGCCGGUGGCCGGGGCCGUGGCCGGGCCGGGGCCGGGGGAGGGAGGGCAUCGCCCGCCCGCCCCGCCGGGAGAGAGCGCCGGGAGCCGCGCCGGGAGCCGCUCCGAGGCACCAUGCGGGCUGCGGGGCUGCUGCCGCUGCUGCCGCUGCUGCUGCUGCCGCUCGGUGUCAGCUCUCAGGAAGAUGCAGAUUCUGCAAGCCCAGCAACAAGCCCGUCCACCAUGACCACAGAAACCACCACAGUGGCCACAUCUGCAAGCGCUGCAGAGACCUCACCAAUCACCGCUGCAUUAUCACCUACCACAGACCAAAUCACCACUGCCACCACCACUAAGGAAGCAGCCACUCAGCCAACUGUGGCAGAUUCCACCACUGCUCAAAGCAGCCCCACCACUGCCAAACUGUUAGAGUCAUCGUCCCCCUCUGCGUCGUCACCGAGCACAGUGGUCGCAGCAUCGGGGACAACAUCACCUACCACCAUGACCCUGUCCCACACGCCAGGGCAGGACAGCCCCUCACAGAGUGCCACCACCCCCAAAACCACCCCUGCUACACAGCCCACUACUUCCCAGCAGCCCAGUGGUGCUACAGUCACUUCAGGAAGCUCAGAGACCACCGCUGCUAAAGAUCUUGUCACUAAUGCAACCAGUCCUCCGGGAGCUGUAGGGGCUGUUGGCACACCCUCUCCCAGCACACAGCCUCAGGGAAACCAGCCUUUGGGUCAUUUGCCUAACGCCACUGUGAGCACCACAGUGCCGAGGACUGACCCUUCCCAAAGCUCCAAGGACUGUCCUGUCUCUCCUCCCCCGUGUGAUACCAAGCAGCCUCCUUCUUCUUCCAGUUCUCCAGUCCAGGGACCAACCCCUUCCACCAGUUCUGGAAGCACCGGCACUUCUGUUACCCCUCUGACUGGAUCCCCGUCCCUCGCCACCACCCCGACAUUGCAAAAUGGCAGCAAAGACACGGUCCCAGACGCAGCCACCACGACAACUCCUGGGGCAGACCAGAGCACCCACGAUGCUGGAUCUGCACCAACCAAACCCACCAGUGCCUCCCAGAGCCCUGACGGUGCCCAGCCACCAGUUCCAGCCUCGGGGGACCAGACAGAGAGCUGCAGUUCUGGCCACCAGCACCCCAACAUUUCUUACCCAAAUGAGCUCGUCUGUGAAGACCAGGUGCAACAUACCAGGCCCACCAUUCAGCUGAAAGAACCCAGAACCUGUGAUGAGUGGAAGACUGCCAGCAAAAACAACUCCUUCUUUGAGAGCUUCUGCUCCACGGCCCAGCACGUGUUUGAUGCCAGCAGGGACCGGUGCACGGUGACGCUGAUGGCCUGCAAGCCCCGCUCCCAGCACUGGGCCGUGUGGGUGGUCCUGCACCAUCCCUUGGACUCUGAAGAAGUCCUCAAGGAGCUGAAGGAGAAGAAGGACAAGUUAGAGGAGCUCGGCAUCGUCAACAUCACCUCUGACAAAAUGGUGGAGGACAUGACCAUCAACGACGAGUUCAGCACCCCCCUGAUCAUCACCAUCAUCACCCUGGCCGGGUCCCUGCUGCUCAUUGCGGCCAUCUACGGCUGCCACCAGCGCUUCUCCCAAAAGAAGGACCAGAACAUCCACCCUGAUGUCCCCGGGUUUGAUGAUGGACAUGUGGCCCUGAUCUUUAAUCAGCGCCUGACUGAGGAGAUGCAGACCAUGGAGAACGGCUACCAUGACAACCCCACGCUGGAGGUGAUGGAGACCUCCUCCGAAAUGCAGGAGAAGAAGGUGAACCUCAAUGGUGAGCUGGGGGACAGCUGGAUCGUUCCUCUGGACACCCUCAUGAAGGAGGACCUGGAGGAAGAGGAGGACACGCAUUUAUAGGAUGCAGAACUUGAUCAAGAAAAGAACAACCACCCCCCCAAAAAAAUCCCAUAAACCCUAAACACACGCACACAGAGCUCCAAAAUAAGGCAAAAUUCCCCCCAAAAAGAAGAAAAUCCCUUAAUAAACUAAUCAUGGCCCCUUGUGCCACCACAUGGGGUGCAGGAUGGAAGAGGAAAGGACAUGAGAAGACACCUCUGGAGCACAUCAACACAAGCCACUUUGGUGGCCACAUCUGGCUAAGCAUCCUCCAUCCCCCAUCCACCUCCCAAGCCAGACCUGACCAGCCACGGGCAAACAGGGUGGCUUUGCUCCUGAAGAGCUGCUGGUGUCUCCUCCAAGCAUGUCCCCUCCCAUCCCACAUCUGACCACACCAGCCGCAUCCUCCAGCUACUGAGCGACUCAAAAAUCAAGAGAAAGAAAGUAAAUAGGACUGGAGAUGGAGUGUGUCUGACAGCAAAGCAGCACCUGGCAAUUAACAGCUUGACAAAUCCUCUGGCCCACGCUGUUUAGUCAUCACCCUGCCCUCCCUGACACCCAGGUAGUGAAUGAAAAAAGCUGGAACAGCCUGUUCCUUUUUAAUCUGGUUUCCAUCCACUCCUCAGAGCUAAAACGCACAAGAGGCCCUCGUUGUGCCACAGGCAAAUGGAUGCAUCUGGACCCAGCAGGAUGGCAGGGAUGCAGCAGUGCCAAGUGAUGCUCAGCCCCGCUGCCAAGGGCUGUGGAACAGAUCCUGCACCCACGUGGAGACUGGGAGAGGUGCAGCAUCUUCUUGUUUUGAAAUGAUGAGGUGGAGGGAGAGGAAAAGGAGAAAUUCCUGGAGUUGAUCCCUCUUAGGAAGGGUGUGGAGAGUAAGAGCAAUGCCUGGUCUCUAGCCCAGGUGUGAUGUUGGGGGUUUUGUGGUGCAGGAGCUUAGCUCUGGUGCUGCAUUUCCCCACAGAAGGAUCACUUGACUUCCAGGAGUUACACAGCAGCAUCUCAAAGCCCUUAUCCAUCCUCCACAGGACUGUGGGACACAUGCACCACGAUGGUUUGUGAUUUUUGAGGGCACAUUUUCCUGUGUGAGCAGCAGAAGAGGUAAAAGAGCAGCAGAACGUGAGCCAGGGAGCUUGGUGGUAUUCAGGCGGCCCUUGGUGUUUCAUUCCCUCGAGGUUUAAAAGCUCAGCCCAUGUUCUCAAACUCUUCUUCACAAGCCACUAAAAUAACAGAGACCUGCAAAUCAACUUCCAGCUCAGCAGUGAAGCUGGGACUGAGCUUUCUCCUGCAACCCUUGGUCUGUCACCCAGGUCUCCCUUUGCUGAAGCCUUUAAAAGGGAGAAGAAAAACAUGGCUGGACUGAGGCCAUUUCUGGGAUUUUGACUCCCCACCACAUCUCCUAAAUAGCUCUAAAAGGUUGGGGAGAGUUUCACGCCUUUGCUCUGGUGAAGCAGCUCUGGCACAGGCAGGGAUCAUCCUUGUCCUCCUGCUGGGGUCCAUCCUCCAGGACAUGAGGCCCUGAAGGUCAUGUGGCUGAGUCCCUCUCCCAACGUGAGGAUGGUGCUUGUCCCAAACCCUCUGCAAGCCAGAGGAGCUGCAGAUGAGAGCGAUGCCCAAACAUGGCCCUUCUCCUCUGCUUGCCAUAAACCAAGGCACGACGGGGAGAUUUCCUUUGGGCUCUGCCACCAAGCCAACCCAACUGGGAUCUGCUCCCACAGCUGCCCUGAAUGAGGGGAAAAGCGGAGCCAAGCAAUGGGAAGCUUGGAGAAACCCUGGUGGAGUUGGGAGUUCUCAGGAAGGAGGGGAUCGGGGUGUUUCACUCAGCCCCAGGACAGGCACUGGCAGAAGAUACAAGUGGCUCUUCCCCCUUCUGUCCUGCACCGAAGGGCAGAGUCUGAAGUGUUCAAACCUUUAUAUUUUUGUAUGUAAAUAUUCCUGCUACUCAUUAGCAAUGUAUUCCGCACACUUCACUUACCUGUGCACUGCACUAUGGGGAAGUAAUUUUGGAGGGGAGGGGAAAUAACAAAAUAAAUUAUAAAAAAAAAAUUAAAAAUCUUAAAAAUAAGGAAAAAAAAAAAA